AUGUCCCUGCACACCUCCCUCCGCCGCACCGCGGCCACGGUAUCGAGCACAACACCCACCAUCCUGCCCAGCCAACUCCCGACCUCCCAAUCUAAAGCCACAACUUUUGUCUGCUCCCAAUGCCGUCACGCUUCACUCCUGCGCCGCCCGAAGCGCCCAUACACCUUCACUCAGCUCAUCACCCUCACCGACGGCAGCGCCUUCACGCACCGCACCACCUCGCCCGCCCCCGUCUACCGUUCCACCCGUGACACGCGCAAUUCCCUGCUCUGGAACCCGUCCAGCAGCAAGCUGAUGAAUGUUGAAGACGACGAGGCCGGUCGCCUCGCGGCUUUCCGUGCGCGUUUCGGUCGCAGCUGGGAUGCGAGCGCUCCUCCCGCGGACGCUCCGGCCGAUGCUGCGCCCAAGGACCCUGCGGCAGCCAAGGCUAAGGAGGAGGCUGCUAAGGCUCAGGCUCAGGCCGAACAAGAAGAAGAGGAUAAUCUGCUUGACUUGAUUAGCUCCUUUGGCCAGGAGGAGAACCAGGGCUCUGGAAAGAAGAAGAACUAA